UUCACAGCUACUCAAGAUGGCGGCAGCUUCCUCCAUCCAGCCGCCGAGCGUUCACUCUUUAAACCAUGCAAACGCACCUUUCCUGGAUUCUGACAGCCCGGAGACCCGCCAGGAUGACGACGCAGUUUCCGAGGGGACCAGUCUCCGAGACUUACCCGAUUUGGAACCGGGGGAGAUUGAGAAGAGGCUGGAGAAAACUCGCCACGAGUUGAGCAACAGGAGGAAAAUCCUCAUUAAAAACCUGCCACAAGAUACGACCAACCAGGAGGUCCAUGAGAUUCUGAGAGAGUACGAGCUCAAGUACUGCUUUGUGGACCGCAACAAAGGGACAGCGUUUGUGACCCUGCUGAACGGUGACCAGGCUCAGGGUGCCAUACGCUCCCUCCACCAGAGCAACAUGCGUGGCCGAGACAUCACGGUGCAGCUCCAGCCCACCGACUCCCUGCUGUGCCUCACCAACCUGCCCCACACCUUCACCGCCCAGCAGCUGGAGGAGCUGGUCCGUUCCUACGGAAACAUUGAGCGCUGCUUCCUGGUCUACAGCGAGCUCACCGGACACUCCAAGGGCUACGGCUUCGUGGAGUACAUGAAGAAGGACUCGGCGUCGCGGGCGCGGUCGGAGCUGCUGGGGCGACCGCAGGGGGACCGCGCGGUAAUGAUCCAGUGGACAGACGUGAACCAGCUGACCGCGGGUCACCACCUCCACUCUAAGUGCCUCUGUGUGGACCGGCUGCCCCAGGAGUACGAGUCAGAGGAGUUGAACCUGCUGUUCUCGGAGCGCUACAAGCCUGUCUUCUGCCAGCUGGCCCAGGACGAGGGCAGCCCGGUGCGUGGCUUCGGGGUGGUGGAGUAUGAGAGUGCAGAGCAGGCAGAGGCCAUUCUGAUAGAGAUGGACAAAACACUGGUGGGAGGACAGGAGAUCCGUCUGUCUCUCUGCACCCCCGGAACCUCAGGCAGGAGCACAUUGGCCGCUCUCAUAGCUGCUCAGGGCGUGAUGUUGAGUAGUAAGAAGGGCUUACUGCCGGAGCCCAACCUGGCCCAGCUACUGAACAGCAUGACCAACCCAGCAACCCUACAGGUCCUCAUGAGGCCCUACCACACUGGGAAACGAGGAGGGAAGUACGGGCGGCACCCCAGCCUUUCUCCGUUCCUCAGACCCCCCCUCACAGCAGCCCUGCUACAACUGGGGAAGGUACAGCAGAGUGCCAUGUUGGGGAACGGGCUGGUUCUGCAGAACCUCCUGCACAUGCAGCUGGCCCAGCAGCAGCUCUUACACAUCAAAGACAAGCACAUCAGCAAUGUAUCCAGUCUGCUGGGUGACCCUUCUCGUCUCCUCCUACAGAAAGCCCUGGGUCUCAGACCUCCAGCCCACAUGACCUUGGGCAAAGGUCUGCUGGGUGACUCCCCCAUCGAGUUGGGUCAGGAGUCCCUGCCAGCGUCCAGUCAGGCCACGGUGUCAGCAGCGGGCAUGAUGCCCUACCUGCAGGCGCGGGCACACCUGGGUAUAGCCAGGGGAGGGGAGCUGAACGGGGCCUGCAUCUCCACCGCAGCCUCUGACAGGCAGCCAGCGCCUCCUGGGACCACGAUGCACGUUCAGCACCAGGGACAGAGCUACUCAUUGGGAAUGAGCAGCCCGGGGCUGGGCCCCCCUCCACCCAAAGCCCCAGGGGCCCACCAGCUCGGCCAAUACAGCCACAGUAGCACCGAAGCUAGUGGAGCUCCCAGCUGUCAUAUCUCUCUUCUGGGUGAACCUCCUAAAGAGAUGAAGCUGCCCUCCAACCCCUACCUGAAUCUAGCUAGUGUGUUACCUGGCAUGGUCAUGCAAGCCCCGGCGGCCAGUAAAACGCAGGCAGGACAGCCUCUGGCUGGGAUGUACAGCAGUGCUAUGCCACCUGUCUCCCAACCCUCCACCUCUCACGCCCCAGCGCCCUACAGCACAGAUACCUCUGCAGACUACAGCCAUUACAGCCAGGCAUACUCACAGGAGGCCAUUCAGCAGUGGUACCAGCACUACCAAGCACAAGCCCAGAGCUACAGCACCGCCCCCCAGGAGAGCCAAGCUGUGGACUACGCCAAGGAGCACACACAGCAGCAGGCGGCGGCGCCGUCCUAUGGGGAUUACAGCUCCUACAUGCAGGCUGUCAGUCAGUACUAUUCUCAGCCUCCCGUGACCCAGCCACCUCCCCAGGCUUACCAGAACAGAGAACCCACCAAGGAGGCUGACGUGUGUAAGCCGCUGGGUGUGUCUCUACAUGCGGUCAGUAACAGUGGUGCCCAGUCGGUGCUGCCAGCCUACAGCUCCAUCCCUAUGAUGCCAGGCUUCAUGACCGUGCCACCUCCCUCCACACACACACUCCCACCCAGCCCUGUCACACACACUCAGAGUGCCCACGCCCAAGCCCAAGCGGCCAGCGAAUGGAACCAGUAUUACUAUAAUCAGGCUCGGGGGCAGAAGCGGGAGUACCCUCACUUGGCAGUGCAGAAUAUGACAUCAGAGGGCGUGUAUGUGGGGCAGCACUCCCAGGGGCUAGGGGGGCAGUACGCUGACUACUUCAAGAAGAAGAGGAUCUAGAGAUGACCUAUGACCCCCCGGCCUCCCUCUCCCUGACCUCCUGCACCCUAACUCCUAACCCCUACAGUGCAUACACACAGUCUCGGGUUUAGUGUUGUACGACUUUGGUAAACACACACACCGUUAUGUCGCUUUUGUCCUUUUUCAAGCCUUAAUUAUGAACUAUUACUCUCUUCUCAGUUGAUGUGUAAAUGUUUAUUGACUAAUAAUCUGUACAUUGUUUGUAAUGUAUAUAUGAGCUGCUUUUGUAUUUUAUGGCCAAUCAGUCAGUCUGCCUUGUUGAAGGCCAGUCACUGUGUAGUCGGGUUUCUCUCUCUCUGUGUUUUUAUCUCUCUGUGUCUUUCUUCAAGUGGGGGGAAACUGUACAGCGUUGCACACAGCGUUGCUGUAACUGAUGUGUUUUUAUCUUCCUCGGUGUCUCUCUUUUUCUGACUGCCUCAGUGUCUCUUUUUAUCUCUCUUCGCGGAGACCUUGACUUGGCGCGUGUGUGUGUGUAUGUGUGUGUGUGUGCGCGCGCGCGUAUCUGUUGUGCCGUGCUGUAAGCGUAGGAGUGAUCAGCCAUUCCCAGGGUACAAGGCGACGGGUCUACCCUGGAAACUCAGAGACACAGGAAGGAAGGGGGACAUCCAAUCACUGCUCUUAACCUUUAACAAUGGACACUAACCCUAACGUAGCAGGUGUAAAAGAAACGGCUGAAACUAAAUCCUCUACAUACUGGUCUUGAUGAGGAGAAGAAGAAGAAAAAACGGUUAGGGGAGGUUCUCUUCUGCACUGUUCAACCAAUCCAGUAAAUGUGGAGGAGGAGUUAAGAUGGGAGUGUUUGUUAACAUGCAAAAGUGGAACAUCCGUUUGUUGGGGAUUCGGCCGAUGCUAAUGGACACUUACCAAGGCUGGGCUGGUCUACUAGCAAAUGAAUGGACACCUAAACGUGGUAUCUUAUAGCCAUUAGAAUAGUCACAGAGUGGACACAUCUUUGUGCCCAUAUAGUUAUGUAUUAUAACUUGCUUGAAACCUUCCUGUUUAUAAUGGCUGUUGUUUUCUGUAGGGGCCAUGGAACAGUGGCUCAGUCGCUAAACGCAAUAAGGUACGCAGGAGGACGACUCCCAGGUUCUUCUCUUCUUUACCCACUGUUUUUAUGUUUUAAAUACGGUGGACUUUUCAGGAACGGGAAGGACUCUGGAGAGACAAAUCAACCGACACUUUAAUACCGCUUAAUAAGCUGCCAUUAGAAAUGAAACCCCAAAACAGAAAGAUUCAGGAGAGGAGCCAUGUUGAAUUAUCUCAGAGAUGUUGUGGACUCCGGGGUUGGAGUCAA